AUGUCGAAUGAAAAUGAAUCGUCUCAACCAGGAUCGGCAAGCGCCAAUACUGAACCGGAGGCAAGAAGACUGUCUCUGUGGCAUCGGCCCGUGUUUACGCAGACUACCCACAGUCCAGACAACACUGCUCAGAUAGAGCGAAGUCAUGAAAAAUCUGUUCGCGAUGAAACGGUUCUCAACUUGAAGGAGGUGAUUAAAGAAGGCCUUUCUAUGAGUGAUUCGCCCGAGGAAGCACGUUCCUGGCUCAUUGGCUUUGGGGACCUCGAACCGGGAACAGACGUUUCUCUCAGAUUGACCGACUUGCGCGCAGAAAAUCACGGAUCUACCAUCUCACUUCUGUCGCUCUUGAUACAGUGGGUUUCCGUGUGGUCAAGUAGAGCGGACAAAUCAAGAAAGGAGACCAAAACUUCAAAAUCAGCAUCGCUCAAGGACCAAAAGAACUUGGAAUGGCUUCUUCAGUAUAUUCGUCAGUAUCUGGACUUCGGUCACACCGGCUUUGAUUCGUCCGAAUUGUCGCGGACCGUGGAUUGCAUCACAACACUCUGUCUGAACGCCAGCAGGCAAAGCGACAUCAAUGGCGGCAUCAGCAUCCUCUACACGAUAUUGUCUCAUUUCGAAUACCCCAAAAAUGGCCUUGAACAAACAUUGGUGGUGUUAUGUGCUUCUGCCGCCAAUCUACCAGACCCACCAGAUCAUUUAUUCGACUGUUCACGGAUAUUGGCGUCUGGGUGUCUGAAUGAAGAGUUCAUGAGGAUCCUAUACUCUUUCAUUCGCACCCCUACGCUAGAGAACAACAGCAAGAAUUUAUCGCAUGCCAGAGGCGCAACACGGCUCCUCCGAAAUCUUACCGAUGAACGAUAUAAGGAAGGCGGCUUCGUCCUCAAUCUGGAGAAAUUCAUCGACAGCCUUCAUUUCACAGCCAAUCAAGGCAUUUUUCGCUUCUGCAAUGACAUCAUCAGCUCCCUCCACACUAUCCUCUCGAGCGAACAGCGAAAGCCAGACAUCCCCGGGAUUGAUUUCAGCAAAUUCUUGGACAUCAUUCACCUCUGUUUGAAAAUGAACCCUGGGGGACCUCAUGGAGGGAAGACAACUUCAUCAACCCAGGACGAUGAAAGGGAUCGACAGUUUGAAAGACACUUCCGAGAUCGAGAGGCCAUGGCUAAAAGACUUGCUCGUGAUUUUGACUGGGUCUGGGAAAACCUCUCUCCCGAGACUCGCAAUGCUAUCUCCGAGCUUUUCCUCGUGUACCCUCAAUAUGCCACUCCAUCACAACUAACACAGACCCUGGAGUACGUAAAGGACAAGUAUUUGACAUCAGAAGAGCAUGACACUAGAAGGAAGUAUUCCGAUGACGUCUACCGGCAGAUCGUACAAAAUCAGUCCUUGCCCUCGCCGUGUCGACUCAAAGGUAUCGAGGUCCUUGUGAAAUCGGGAAAUCCCUCAGAAGGAACAUCAUCUGAGCAUACGGAUGGAGCCUACGUAUGGAUUCUCAACAAGCUGUUGGAUCAAUUCGAUGUGGAGCGCGACUCCCAAAUGUUCGAGACGCUUCUAAAAUCUUUAGAAUACAUGGCCUCCAACUAUCAAGAGGCAGCAAAAGAGCAGGAGUUGACGAUGCGCAGCGUCGAGAGGCUCAACGAUCUAAUUAUUACAGGCCCGGCCGGAGGCCCCUUCAAUGAGGAGCUUGCCAACUUAGCGACCAAGGUCCUGGUGACCAUUUUCUGUUACAGUAUUCACACCGACGCAAAGGCUGCCGUCAGAGCAUUUCAAGUAUUACUCGAAGCUGCUAGUCCACGAUGCAAGUCUCGGCCGGCCCGACUUGUCGCCAAACGUCUCCUUUUUCGCAUGCGAGCAGAUGAUGCAGGUUUCAUUUAUGUCAAUGAGGCCAGCGAAAGCCAACACAUAGCAAGUGCGCUCCUACGAACCCAGGAGUCUGCCGACCUUUUCAAUUAUGAAAUGCCCACCUCACAACGACACUCAGCAAGCAGCACCAGUUUAUCGACGAAAUCUGACGGCGGUGAUCCACUUUGGAUGUAUCCACAUACUGAAAACGUGACUUUUCCGUUCGCCGGCCGCCAGUCUGGAAUACUCAACGUUGACCUCUCCAUGAGUCCCCAAGUCCACGCCGAACUUGACAUGAACACAUGGCUCAUGAGUAUCAUAAUGUGCCUACAAAAUGAUGCAGAUUGGGAGACCUACAGCUACACUGUUGUACAUGUUGCUGCACAGUUGAGUAACAUCACUCUGUUUGUCAACUCGAUGCAAGCUGUCGUCAAGUUUCGGCAAGUCCUUUGCGAUCAAAUCGUCACAAAUUCAUUUCGAGAAGCUCCCUCUUCAACCGGGCUCAAAAAGUCGGAUGUCGCCCUAUGCCUGUUCAACAUCCUGGUCCCUCUAAUCCCAUAUGCCACCAGGAAAUCCGAGGCCAUCCAAAAAGGGUUUGGGGAUGACCUCGUUCGGACAUUUCUGUCAGGAAUCGGCGGAGCCUGGGAAGGGACGCCUCGUGGCUGUAUCCACGCAUUAUCGAUCUGCAGUCUGGAGAUACCAUCGUCGGUGGCGACACUCUACCCGACCAUCGUCGACAAGAUGUCCAAGAAUAUGACUCAGGCACAUCUGACCACACACAUACUGGAGUUUUUGAUUGAGGUUGCCUUGUUACCCGAAAUGCACUCAAAGUUCAAUCCGGACGAAAUCAAAAUGAUAUUCGGCAUCUGCAUUCAAUUUCUUGAGAAAACUCGGGAACAGCACUCCGUCGCGUCCCCUCCGGGCAGAAUGAACCCAUCCUCCAGACACAGCGGGAUGAACUUCCGCCGACCGCCUUACCGAGCAUCCAUGUUGACGGAUAUUGGACUACCUCAGUAUGCCGCUGCCCUGGCGUAUCACAAUAUGAUUUUCUGGUUCUUAUCCCUUCGACUGGAAAUCAGGUCCAAAUAUGUGCCCUGGAUUGUUCCAAGACUUGUCUGGAAAAAUGGGCGUGGAGAAGAGACAAUCGAUGAACAGAGUCAGGUUAUGAUCGACAUGAUGCAAAGGACGGCCUUUUCUGAUCUUGGAGAGCCAUCACCAGAUCCGAACUUUGCCAGUCCGGAAGAUGGCCCAGUCUCCUCUGCCUCGUGGAUGGUAGGCCUCAGUGUUGUGACUGCUCAGACGGCCGGUCAUACCGGAAAAACUCAAAUCAUCAAGCGUCAGGCUUCGGGUACCACUUAUGCCAGAUACCAGCAGACGACGACUCGAUUGCCCUCCCACCACGCGCCAAGUCACACGGAGAUUCGCCAUCAUGAAGCGACAACGGAAAUUUUACCACCACACAUUCUCCUCCAAAUGAUGGCCAGCGCUGCCGCAACGAGUGUGGCCGAUCAGCCAAUCCGUCUACCGGAGGAAGACUUUGUCACUCGUGCGCUGGAGAUAUUCGAUCGAAUUCCCACCGUCACCAGCCACAAGAUAGGCGUACUCUACAUCGGUAAAGGUCAGACUGCCGAGUCUGAAUACCUUGCCAAUACGAGUGGCUCUCCCGACUUUGAGCGGCUGCUCAGGAGUCUUGGUUAUAUCGUUUCUCUGGAACCGCCCCUUCGUUUCAAUCCUCAAGGAUUAGAGUAUCCUCGAGAUGGCCAGCGCACAAUAGCGUGGCGAGAUCGAGUCGAGGAGAUCGUUUAUCAUGUCCCAACCAUGAUGCCAACUGAUCUGGAAGAUGACCCUCAAUGCAUCACCAAAAAAUCCCACGUCGGCAACUGCCACGUCAAUAUUAUUUUCAACCGAUCAGGACAGCCGUGGAGUUUCGACAGUUUCAAGUCUCAAUUGAAUUAUGUCAACAUUAUUAUCAGGCCAGCUUGCCGCGAGAGAGAGACUCCAGAUGCAAAUUUCAUGCCCGGGUUUUACUCGGUUCAGGUGGUCACGCGAGAUGAUUUGCCCAACAUAUCACCGGCAGCAGAUACGAAAAUCAUUUCGGCAGCUCAGCUAGGCCCAUUCGUUCGAGUUUUGGCAUUGAACGCCAAUAUGUUUUGUCAAACGUGGAACACCAAAGACAGUGAUUCCGAGUUUCCGAGUGCAUGGCGAGCAAGACUACAACAGAUCAAGCGAUUGAAGGAUCGCGUGAUGAGCAAAUCAGGCGACAAACAUGCACCGGCGGCACCCUUUGGCUCGAGCAGCAGCUCUGGGUCGAGCACGUCGGGUGGUAGAAAGACACCAGUCCCUCGGGAAGAACUUGGCAGACUUCAAAAGGAUGGCACUCUGGCUUCGCAACUGGAUUUCAGUUCGUGGACUCUUUAA